CGGUAUCGUCGAAUACGUCGUACAUGAUAUUCAAAGACAGAGUGAGAAUAAAAUGACUAGAAACAGUGGCGCCAAGACAACGAAGUUAAAAGGAAUUCCAAAACUCGACGACGCUAACGAUGCUGGGGGAAAGAACUCCAUAAAGUGUACCCUUAUUUUGACCGAGGGAGAUUCGGCCAAAACGCUAGCCGUCAGUGGUCUUAGUGUAGUUGGUCGAGAUCGUUAUGGUGUGUUUCCUCUACGAGGAAAAUUGCUCAAUGUGAGAGAAGCUUCCGGUAAACAGUUGUCGGAGAACAUGGAAAUUAAUCACAUCCUCAAGAUCGUGAGUCUAAAAUACGGCAAAAAGUAUGAGACCGAAGAGGAUAUGAAGAGAUUGCGCUACGGUCGUCUGAUGAUCAUGACUGAUCAAGACCAGGAUGGGUCUCAUAUCAAGGGUUUACUCAUCAACUUUAUACAUCACAUCUGGCCUGAACUUUUAAGAUUGCCGUUUCUUGAGGAGUUCAUAACACCAAUAGUUAAGAUUGUACAGGGUGACACCAAGAGUUCCAAACUUACAAUACAACAGCUUAUGGUCGAGAUUAGAAAAGGUUACACGUCGUUUGAAUGGCGGGAAGAUUUGAAAGUUAUAUUAAGAAAGACUGCGGAAGGUGAACAACCCGGCGUCUUCCUCUUUACCGAUACUCAGAACUGUUUUCUAUCAGGAUUAAAGAGGAAUGCAGGUGAGGUACCAAACCUUUUUGAACUGGACGAGAAACAUGAGAUUUGCGAAAAAAUGCUUGUAUUUGAUAGACAACGAGAAAAAUCUAAACAGACAGAUCGUUCCCCUGUUGCCCUGUUCAAUUUCUUCAUCGAACGAGUACGAAAUCAGCUGCACAUUGUUCUAGCAAUGAGUCCGAUUGGCGAUGCUUUCCGCACAAGAUUACGAAAGUUUCCUUCUCUUGUUAAUUGCUGUACCAUCGACUGGUUUCAAUUAUGGCCGGCGGAUGCUUUACAAGUCGUUGCCCAGCGGUUUCUCGCCGAGACCGAAAUGUCCUCUGCGAUACGAGUGGGCUGUGUCAAGAUGUGCCAGGAAUUUCACACGGGAACACGUGUUCUAUCAACGAGGUUUCUUAGCGAACUGAAACGUCAUAAUUACCGUAAAUGCUCGAAUAAGCGCCCAGCUUCCAAUAAGCGACCCGCUUCGAAUUAG